GAUUCCAAAGGAGGCCCUGUGUUGACAGCAACAAGCCCCGUUUGGGGCUUGAACUCACAAACUGCAAGAUCAUGACCUGAGCUGAGAUCGGAUGCUCAGUCUACUGAACCACCCAGGCACUCCCUAUUAUAUUUUUAAUGUUGUUUCUGUACUUUUAUCUCCCUUUUCAUUUUAUUUAUUUCACAAUGAUUAUUUUUACUUUCUUCUUUUUUUAUUUCCUUUGGUAAGUCUUGCCAGGAAUUUAUCAGCUUUUGAAAGAGCUCCUUUUUAUUAGUUGUUUCUUUCUAUUGUGUUCUUGUUCUACAGUUUGUUAAUUUUUUAUUUGUUUUUAUUUUUCUUAAAAUUUCUUUGUGUUUAUUCUCACAUUCUUGUCUUACAGAUUUAGUUGCUGAGCUAAUUAAUUUUCAACAUUUUUAUACUUGAGACAUUUCAGUGUAUAAUUUCAUUAUAUCAUUUGGUCCUAUUUAUUUUCUGUAUUCCAUUCUAAUUUCUUCUAGAAUCAUGAAUUAUUUAGAAGUUUGAAUUUCUAAAUGUACUCAUAGUUAUUUUUUAGUUACUAGUUACAUAAUUAUUUUUUAGUGUUACUUCAUUGUGUUGUAUUUAUAGCGUGUUGUUUACUUGAUCAUAAUUCUGUAUGGUCUUGCUAUAUGGCCUCAUUCAAGAACAGUUUUUUGUAAAUGCUUUGUAUGUGUUUGAAAAGAAUGUAUGUUUUCUUAUUGUUGGGUACAUCAUUUUAUGUUUGUCCAGUAAAUAAAGCUUUUUAAUUAUUUUGCUCAAAAUCUCUCUGACCUUACUGAUUUUUGCUUGGCUAAUCUAUCCAUGAGUGAAAGAUUCAGUUGAAAUCUCUAAUUAAAAUCAUGGCUCUGUCAGUUUCUUGUUAUUUCUGUUUAUUUUGGCUUUAUGUAUUUUGAACUAUGUUAAGUAGGUGUGAAUACUCAUUUAGAAUUGUAAUAUUCCUAGAAAACUGACCCUAUGUCUCAUUACGUAGUGAUCUUUCUUUUUUUUAUAACCCAUUUUGCCCGAAUGCCUCUUUUGUUGGAAUUUAAUAUACAUACUCCAACCACUUAGUUACUUGUAGCGUUAUAAGGAUGUGAUUCAAUUUCACUUUAAAUGCCCGCAGAUUCUUUGAAAGAUUGCAAGCAGGAAAUUCACAUGGUCAAGAGUUGUGAAAAAAUAACACGGGCUUCUGUAUGGGAAAUGAAUUUGAAAGUUGCAAAAAACGAGUCAGUGAGGCUAUUGUAGGGCAGCAUGAGAUGGUGGUGGCUUGGCUUGGAGUGGUCACACCUGAGAUGGAGUUAGAACGAAGUUCUGUUUCAUUGGAAGACUUGAGGGCUAUUGGUGAAUGGGUGUGAAAGGCGAUAGAAUGUGUGAAGCUCCAUUUUCUACCUUGAGCCACUGUUUCCUUGAAAUGAUCAUUUACGAGGCUUGAAGUGAUAGGCAUGCUUCUAAGUUCGUACCUGUGGAAUUUAUUUUUCUAAAAUAUAUUGAUACUCUCUGAAACAGUUUUCAUCCUUGCUGCUUUGGGGGGAUAAGCUUAACACCAUAUGGGUAUGCUGUGAAAGAGCUUUUCUAAACAGUCCUAUCCGUAAACUUUUUUUUUUUUUUUUUUUUUUUUUUUUUUUUAAUGAUUCACUGUGUGCCGUGCACAGUGCCAGUUUUUCUGGUCUUCCAGCAGCGAAUAUGGUGAGAGUAGGAUGUGAUGGCACCGAGUUUAGUAGUAAAUGCGGACCAACACAAAGGCAUUUAUCAAUACAGAGUGAGAAGAGCUUUGUUGGUCAGGGAAGUAUGUGGUUCUGUGACAGCACAGAGCAGGGGCACUCGACCUAGAUUUACUCGGGUAAUUAUUGUGAAGACUUCCCAAUGAAAAUAAAGCAUGUGGUUCAACUCAUUUACUGUGAAAACAGAGAACUUUUGAAGAGGUUUACGGAAGAAAUUGGCAUGAUCAGAUUUGCAUUUUAAUGAACUCCUGAGGGUAUGAUCAAUGGGUUGGAGUGAGAAAUAAGGGAAGACCACCAGAUAAGGGCUGAUGAUGAUGCCAUCUUGAAGUUGGUCUAGGCUUGUCUGUGGGGAUGGAGAAACUGGAUGGACUUGAAGGAAAUUUAGGAGAUAAAGUCAUGAAGAUUUAGUUAUUCAGUAUAUAUGGUGUUGAAGAAAAUAAGGCCGUAAGAAAUGAUAUAAAGGUGCAGCAUGGGCCACUGGGGGCGGCGGGGUGGUGCUACCAGGAAGACCAAGUUUGCAAAAUACAAUGAGAUCUUUUUAACCCAUGAGAUUGGCAUUUCCUAGGAGAUACCCAAGGGGAUUUUCCAGCAGAUGUAUUUGAGCCUGUUGCUCAGGAGAGAGUUCCAGGAUGGAAACUUAGGACGUCGGGCUAUAUUGAUAGGCUCGAAGCUGUCAGAGUAAGAUUUCAUUCUUUUUUAUGACUGAGUAAUAUUCCAUUGUAUAUUUAUGCCACAUCUUCUUUAUCCAUUUAUCAGUUGAUAGACACUUGGGCUGUUUCUGUAUCUUGGCUAUUGUAAAUAAUGGCUGCUAUAAACAUCGGGUGCAUGUAUCCCUUUGAAUUUGUGUUUUGGUAUUCUUUCAGUAAAUACCAAGUGCUAUGAUUGCUGUAUCACAGCGUAGUUCCAUUUUUAAUUUCUUGAGGAACCUACAAACUAUUUUAUACAGUGGCUGCACUAGUUUGCAUUCCCACCAACAGUGCACAAGUGUUCCUUUUUCUCCACAUCCUUGCCAAAACCUGUUGUUUCUUGUAUUGUUGAUUUUAGCCAUUCUGACAGAUGUAGUUUUGAUUUGCAUUUCCCUGAUGAUAAGUGAUGAUAAACAUCUUUUCAUGUGUGUGUUGGCCAUCUGGAUGUCUUCUUCAGAGAAAUGUCUGUUUAUGUUUUAUACCCAUUUUUUAAUUGGAUUAUUUGGUUUUGGGGGGGGCAUAGAGUUUUUUAUUUUCUUUAUGCAUUUUGGAUACUAACCUUUUUAUUUUCUUUUCUAAUUUUUAUUUAGAUUCUAGUUAGUUAACAUACAGUGCAAUAUUGGUUUCAGGAGUAGAAUUCAGUGAUUCAUCACUUACGUAUAACACCCAGUGCUCAACAUAACAAGUGUCCUCUUUAAUACCCAUCACCCAUUUAGCCCAUCCACCAUUCACCUCCCUCCAUCAAUCCUCAGUUUGUUCUCUAUCUUUAAGAGUCUCUCAUGGUUUGUUUCCCUCUCUCUUUUUUUCCCCCUCCCAAACGUUAAUCUGUUUUCUUAAAUUCUACAUGAGUGAAAUCAUAUGGUAUUUGUCUUUCUCUGACUGAUUUCACUUAGCAUAAUACAUUCUUUUAGCUCCAUCCAUGCCAUUGCAAAUGGCAAGAUUUCAUUUUGUUUGAUGACUGAGUAAUAUUCUAUUGCGUGUGUAUGUGUGUGUAUGUUUGUGUAUUAGUUGCCGUGGCCAAGGUCAAAGAGGGUGCAGCUUAUGUUCUCCCCUAGGAUUUUGAUGGUUUCCUGUCUCACAUUUAGGUCUUUCAUCUAUUUUGAAUUUAUUUUUGUGUAUAGUGCAAGAAAGUGAUUCACUUUAAUUCUUCUGUGUGUUGCUGCCCAGUUUUCCCAACACCAGUUGUUGAAGAGACUGUUUUCCAUUGGAUAUUCUUUUCUGCUUUGUCAAAGAUUAGUUGGCCAUAGAUUUGUGUGUCCAUUUCUGAGUUUUCUGUUCUGUUCCAUUGAUCUAUGUGUCUGUUGUUGCACCAGUACCAUACUGUCUUGAUGACUACAGCAUUGUAAUACAGCUCAGUGUCCAGAACUGUGAUGCUUCCAGGUUUUGGGUUUUUUGUUUGUUUUUUGUUUUUUGUUUUUUCCUUUUUCAGGAUUGCUUUGGCUUUUUGGGGUCUUUUUUGGUUCCAUACAAAUUUUACAAUUGCUUGUUCUAGCUGUGUAAAAAUGCUGGCGGUAUUUUAAUGUGGAUUUUAUUAAAUGUGUAGCUUGUUUUGGGUAGUAUAGUCAUUUUAACAAUGUUUGUUCUUCCAAUCCACGAGCAUGGAUUUCCAUUUCUUUGUGUGUGUGCUCUUCAGUUUCUUUCAUAAGUAUCUAUUGUUUUCAGCGUAUAGAUCUUUUACCUCUUUGGUUAAGUUUAUUUCUAGUUGUCUGAUUGUUUUUGGUGCAAUUGCAGAUGGGAUUGAUUCCUUGAUUUCUUUUUUCUGCUGCUUUGUUAUUGGUGUAUAGAAAUGCGGCAGAUUUCUGUGCAUUGAUUUUAUAUUCUGUGACUUUGCUAAAUUUAUGUGGAUACUAACCAUUUGUUGGACAUGUUAUUUGCAAGUAUGUUCUCCCAUUCCGUAGUUGCCUUUUAGUUUUGUUGUUUCCUUCACUGUGCAGAAGCUUUUUAUUUUGAUAUAGUCCCAAUGAUUUAUUUUCGCUUUUGUUUCCCUUGCCUCCCACAUCUAGAAAAAAGUUGCUAUGGUCUGUGUCAAAGAGGUUACUGCCUAUGUUCUCUAGGAUUUUUACAGUUUCAGGUCUCACAUUUAGGUCUUUAACCCAUCUGAAUUUAUUUUUGUGUAGGGUGUAAGAAAGUGGUCCAGUUUCUUUCUUUUGCAUAUUGCUAUUCAGUUUAAUGAAAAUAAAUUUUAGAUAUAUUGUAUUUAUACUUGCCAGAUUUCAAAUAUUAACCAAAAAUUGAGGGUGAAAAAUAGAUAAACUUUUAUCUUUUUAAAUUUUCUGUAUACAUUUUUAUUAGGAUAAAGGAACUUCUGGAGUUACAAGGUUAUUUUUGUAUUACAUACUAAAUAGGUAGUUGAUUCGAAUUUUAGAUUUUUAGAUGAAAAUACUUGUUUCACUAAUGGAAGAACUAAUUUUUUUUAAUGGGCAUACAGUGAAUUUCCAGUAGAAAAUUCAUUUCUUGAGUUUCAAGAUUUUCUUUUACUGAAUGACUGAACAGUUAGCAAAUUUAUUGGUUAUGUAGAACUCUCUACCUGGUCCUCUGGAGGAGAAGACCUGCACUGUGUUCUUAAAGUUCAUUGAGUAAUAAUGUAGCUAAAGAUUUAAAUUGGUUUGAUGUACAUCUUGGUUCUUUUCCAUGGCUUUUCAUUGAGCUAUUUCUUAUAAUUUAUCUCCUGGUCAACUAGAUUUCAUUGUCAAGUGAUUUUCAGAAAAUAUCAUAUCCUGCAUUCCCUAAGAUAUUUUAUACUUGAGCAUAUUAAUUGACUACUUUUAUACUCUAAGAUCAGAUUGAUUUAAUAAAACAAUUGGAUCGUACUUUUCUUCAGAAGUUUCUGGUAACUUAGUACCAAAGUAGUCUUUUUGCCACAACUUCUAUAUUAAUGAUUAUGUUUGGCUAGAUUCCAUUGAAUAUUUUGUCAAGGACUCAUGGAUGCUGUAUUCCUUAACCUGUUGCUUGUCUAAAUAUCUGUUUGUUUUAUAUUUUAAAGAUAUUUUGCUUUGUUGUAAAAUUCUCAGGUUCUUCCUCAGAUAUCUAUAGAUUACUUCUUUGUCUUCUGGCAUUGAGUAUUCCUCACAGAACAAGGAAACUGGUCUGAUUUCCCCCUUGUUAGUAAACUGCUCGUUUCUGCCUGAACACCUGCAGAGUUUUUUUUUUCUUUAGCUUGAAGUUCAGUGACCUAAGGACGUAACUUCUUUUGGAUCGUUCUGUAUCAAUUUUUCCUGGAACACUGUCUGUUAUUUCAAUCUGUUCUUCCUUCAUGUUAGGGAAAAUUCAUACUACUAUUAUUUGAAAUAUUUUUUCUAGCCAGUUUUUGGGUCCUUUUUACAGGAUCAGCAUUUUCCAGUUUGUUCUUUAUGCCUCUUCUGUUUUCUCCAUUAAGAAAAAUGUAUUUGUCUUCCUUUGUGUUCACUGGAUUAAUUAAACCUUUAUUUUUCUACAUCAGUAUUUAAAUUUUUUUAGCUAUAUCUCCUCAUUUUUAAGCAUGUUUCCUUAUUCCAUUGCUGUUUUUCUUCUAUUUAUUAGUACUAAAUUGAUAAUUUUUUGGUCUUCAGUACAUUUGGAUCACUCUGCAACACCUUUAAAAUUUUUUUCUAUUGUUUUGUCAUUUCAUCUUUGAGUCCUUUCCCACUCGUAAUCAUUUUUUGAAGUGCUCCCAUGUGAAGCUUUUUGUUUUUAGGUUGUGUGUUCUUUAGGAAUGAGAGCUUUUUUUUCUCCGUUGCAUGCUUGUUUCCUUUCUUUCCUCUCUUUUCAUUUUCUCCUUCUUUACUUCCAUUUAUCCUGUGAUAGGUUUUUACGUUUUAUUUACUCUUGUCCUGUUAGUAGAUAUUCUAUUUGCUAGGAUACAGUAUUGGUUAGUUUUUCUUCCCUUCUUUCUUACAGUUGAGACCUAUCUGUUUUCACUUGGAUUUUACUCUUUGCUUAUUUUUGUUUUUUCGAGAUGGGGAGAGUGAGAGCUAGAGCAAGCGAGAGAGUGAGAGAGUGAGCAGGGGAGAGGGGCAGAGGAAGAGAGAGUCUUAAGCAGGCUCCACACUCAGUGCAGAGCCCGAUGAAGGGCUUAAUCCCACAACCCUGGGAUCGUGACCUCAGCCGAAAUCAAGAGUCGGACCCUCAACGGGCUGAGCCACCCAGGUGCCCCCUGGUUUUUACAUUUUGAGAAUUAGUUAUUGUCAGUUCCAUUUUGCUAUCAUUCAAGGUUAGCAGUGGCAUGGGGCUUAUUCUGGGGAAGUGGAGGAGGAAAGGGCUUGGCUGAAUUGUCAAGCUGUAUCAAAGUGUCCUCCCCCUUUUUGGCCAUAUGCGGACAAUGAUGCCCUUUCAAAGGAGCACUCAGGGAUAAAACCACCUUACAAAGGCAUGCAAACUAUUUCUGCACCUUUCAGCCGAGUGCCAUGAAGCUACUCCUCAGGGAGCUUCGUGAUAUUUUGUUUCCUACUGUGGCUUCCCUCUUUACACACAUGAGCCCUGUUGCAUAGAUUUUAACAUAAUAAAGAACUGAAAUUUUCUCCAUAGGAUCAUUAUUUUAAAUAUUUAAGGUUGUACUUCGGGGCCAGUAGGAACAUCUUCUAUGUUAAAUAACAAGGCCAUUUGACAUAUUUUCUGGAGCAAACCAUAUAUGGAAAUAGUAAACAGGCUUUCCAUUUCUCUUUUUUGUAUAUCUUUCCAUCUCUCUUCCCGUUGUCAACACAGAAGCACCUUCCUAUAAAGUGUAUAUCAUUUUAAGUAAUCUCUCACUGGGCAUCCAGAUUUUCUGUUGUCCUUGAUGUUUUCGUUUAAAAAGAUGUAGUAUUUGUAAAAUCCAUGCAUGAAUUCAUUGUGUCCAGUGCCUUGUGGAAACAUACUCUUUACUUCACUGUAUUUAUCUCACACAAGGGGAAUAGUUCUUUUUUGGUACUGAUAUAAAUCCACUUCUCACAUGGGCAAAACAUACACACUCGUCAGUGUCCUCCUGGUGAUUCAUUAAGUCUUGAGGGUGCAGAAGGGCAGUGGUGGGUCACACUAGGGCAGGAUUUUAGCCAGGAGUCUGUCACCUUGGAUCGAUCUACCAGUUACCGGUUUCAUUUAUGUUUGAAGUUGCUCUACCGUAGCUGUGAUUACUGUGGAUUCCAUCUGAGACAUACAAGAUGAUAACAGUAAACUGAAAUUUAUAAAGUUUACAAGUAUCUCCAAAUUAACCUUGACGUCCAGUGUAUUAUGUUAUGUUUAAAUGCUAUUGGUGCUAUACUUCUUUUGAGACGGCAGUAGAAUCUUAAGGAAAUUGUCAGUUACAGGUGUCAAAGACUGAUUAUCUGUGUCUGAGGAACUAUGUGUUCUAAGUGAUUAUUAUUAAUCAAUUGCACUGCUAAUUUUAUUGAUUGGAUUAAUUAUAGGAAGUCAGACUUUGAAGACUGUUUUAAAGACAUUCCAUGAUUCUUUAGUGGAACAUUCACAGUGAAAAUGUGUCAGGAUAAUGGGAAAAGUUUCAUUUAUUGUCAGCAUUCCUUAUCCUGAUAUGCUGAAAACUCACAAUGUUUGAACAGGCUUAAAAUUCUCAUGCAAUAAUUAUGUUAUCUUUAACAGGUGGCUGUGAUUUUAUAUACUCAUGCAUAUUAACUUUUCUUUCCUUCUUUUUUCCAAAGUAUUCCAGCAUUUUAAGGUUUUCUUUGCCAUUAUAACUUAGCAUUUAUUUUCCUGAGAGUCUUUUUGUACCAUUCUCUUUGAUUUGGUAAACCUUCAUUGAUUGUGUAAUAUGAGAAAUGGGAUUGUUUAGCCAGUGUAAUUGUGCAAGCCGUUAAUUUGUGAGUGGAAAACAAACUGGCAAACAAACAAAAACUGUUAAAAUCUCUGUCAAUUCAGGUAAGAAAAAAUCUUUUAGCUCUGUUUUUUCAUAGUUCCUAUUACUAUCAUGAAUGCAGUAUUUUCAUUAGCAUCAGUAGUUAUACACAAGAUCUGCUGGAAAAAUGGUGGUAAUGAAACCUGUCUAGCCACAGUUAAUUAAGGAGUUUUCUUGUUUGAGCCUCAGGAGAAAUAUUCACCAUGCAUUUCUUAAAACAUGACCUUAAAGAAACCAGCUUCCUCCUUACAAUUUAGUAACUUUUCUUGUCUUGAGGGAUAUCUUCACGGAGGUGGAACUAAACUGGAAAAGGGUGAUGUAGCCCAGAUAAAUUAUAUAUGCAUUACAUCGUUGCCUAAGAACAGGGGUCAAUAGUUCUCUUGUCUGUUAGAGUAUAUAAUUGUGCCUGCAUUAGAUGCUGGCAGCUUAUCAGAGGCUCAGGCUGGCGUUUGGUCUCGGUUUAUUUUAUUAAGGAAGUGCAUGUAUUUGGAUUUCAUUAUGUCUCUCCCCCAAAUUAUUAACUUCAGUAUAAAACUCUUAAAUGUGUUUGCAGUUGAUUACUUAUUAAAAGAUUCUGGCAAGUGAAGGGUUUAAUUUAUAAUGUCUAACUUCUUGACUCCUUGCUUGACUGCAUCUUUUUUUUUUUUUGGCAUCUAUUUUUAUUGAUAUAUUAACAUAUUUCUUAAAAUAGCCCAGUUUUUUUUUAUCCCUUGCCAAGUUCUGAUAACUUUCUCAUUUUGUGGUAUUUAUGUUUAUAAUAUUUUACCAUUUGUAGUUGGUAUAAAUUUAACUUUGAAAACCCCUAACAAUUCUUUUGUUUUUUUAAGGGUACCCUCCCAGUUGAUAUUAACAAUUUUUUUUUUUUGCAGCUUAUAUAAUAUUGUUUAAAAAACAUUCUCUGCCCUUCUGCUACUUCCAGCCCUUGAUGUAACCCACUGAAAAUGGGUACUUUUGACAGCAUCUGUACUGGGAAAUGCUUUCCAAAUUAAACAUUUGUUAGAACACACAGUUUAUUUGGAUGCAUCUAAGAUCCUAAAUAUUUGAUUCAGCUGCCAGUAUGUGCUUUAUUGGCUAAUGUUUCUAGAGUGUUUCCACAUUUUUAUAGGCUAGCGGCCAAGUUGUCCCAACAGUCUGGUACCUCUUGGGGAGUUGAAGUGGUUGUGGACAUGGGGAGGUGCUGGCACUAGGAUGCUCCUGUGUGUAGUCUGUUGGCAUGUUAGAACUCACAGAAGUUGACCAAUGUAUAGAUGCUAAUGAGCUUCCUUAGUCUGUCCAGAGUGACAUGAGGAAGCCCACUCAGAUCCCCGGUGACAUUGAUUCAAGGAAAUCAGAACUGUUAGAGCAACUUAGUCAUGUUGGACCUAAGGUCAUCAAGAAGUUUAGUACAACUGAGAUCUAAACUGUCAUUAUUGUACAAAGAUAUAUUAUGGUUAAAAAAAUACUGUGUAGUGCUUAUGGUGUAUAAAGCACAUUCUUCAGUGUCUUCUCAUUUAAUCAAUUAAAAAAAUACUUGGGAGGUAGAUGUGUUAUAUCUAUUUUACAGAUAAGAAAUCACACAAGCUGGAAAUGCUGGUCUGUGGGUUUAAAUCCUCAUCAUUGAAUUCUACCUUCUGUGUUCUCUCACGGUCCUACAUGGGAAAUAAGGCAUGGCCAAUGGAAGAUGGACCGACCUAAUGUGACACAAAAUUGCACCCAGUGUAUAUCAGAUUAAUGACCUAGGAACUCUGCUUGAGGUACCAGCAUCAGAAGGUCAAUCAGCAACAAGGAUUUGCUGAUCCUAACUAAGCACUAUGGAAUUAUAAAGUUUUGAUUAAAUGAGAUCUGAAACUACAAGUAGGUGUCUAUACAAUGAGAACAAAAAGUGGAUAAGUGAAGAUGCACAUUUGCACAUUGUCUACCAAUAGGUAGACAUAAGUAUGUUUCCUCUGUGUGUGUGUAUAUGUGGCAUUAAAAGGAAAAAGAUUGGACGGUCGCCCUUUGAGGAAGAUUUUGAGAAUGGUAUAUGUUAAUUAACUGAGACCAGUUGCAAAGGCUUCCGUUCCUCAAAUGCAGAGUGCUUUUUAUAGAUGUGCUUGGUGGCAAGCAAUAUGCUGGGGUCUGGGGGAUACAAAGGUAACUAAUACAUAGGGCUCAGCCCUGAGGAGGAAUUUAUAAUCUAGCAAACACAGUAGAGGAAAUGACUCCUUCAGUUUGGCAAGGGGAGUGAGUUGUCUCUCCUUAGAAUUCAUGUGUUGAAACCCUAACCCCCAGUGUGACAGUAUUUGCAGGUGGGGCCAUUAGGAGGUAAUUAGAUCAUGAGGCUGGAACCCUGAUGUUGAGAUUAGUGCCCUUAGUAGAAGAGACGUGAGAGAUUUCUCUCCUCAAGUGACAACACAGCAAGAAGAAGCCAUCUGCAAGUAGAGAAGAGAGGCGUCACCAGGAACUAAAUAGACCAGCACCUUGAUCUUGGACUUCUCAGCCUGCAAAAUUAAUAUCAACACCUUUGAGAACAGAAUGUUAAUGCUUGAUGGGAUGCCGUCAGUCAGAGUCAAAACAGAGCUUUUGGAAUCUGAACAAGGGUCUCCAAACGUCCACAACUACCCCGAUAUGGAAGCUGUUCCCCUGUUGCUAAAUAAUGUGAAAGGGGAGCCGCCGGAGGACUCGUUAUCUGUAGAUCACUUCCAAACACAAACUGAGCCAGUGGACUUGUCGAUCAACAAAGCCAGGACAUCCCCCACAGCCGUUUCAUCCUCCCCAGUUUCCAUGACAGCAUCUGCCUCCUCGCCUUCUUCAACUUCAACCUCUUCAUCGUCUUCUAGUCGUCCAGCCUCAUCCCCAACUGUUAUAACAUCCGUAUCUUCAGCAUCAUCUUCGUCAACAGUAUUAACUCCAGGGCCCCUUGUCGCCUCCGCGUCUGGUGUGGGAGGCCAGCAGUUUUUGCACAUUAUCCAUCCUGUACCGCCUUCGAGUCCCAUGAAUUUACAGUCUAACAAACUGAGUCACGUUCACCGCAUCCCUGUGGUGGUACAGUCGGUGCCUGUUGUCUACACAGCUGUGCGGUCACCUGGAAAUGUGAACAACACUAUUGUAGUGCCGCUUUUGGAAGAUGGGAGAAGCCAUGGCAAAGCACAAAUGGACCCCCGAGGCCUAUCUCCCAGACAAAGUAAAAGUGACAGUGACGAUGAUGACCUGCCAAAUGUGACCUUAGAUAGCGUUAAUGAGACUGGAUCUACGGCCCUUUCCAUAGCCAGAGCAGUACAAGAAGUACAUCCGUCCCCAGUAUCAAGGGUCCGGGGAAAUCGAAUGAAUAAUCAGAAGUUUGCUUGUUCAAUUUCACCAUUUAGUAUUGAGAGCACAAGACGCCAGAGACGGUCUGAAUCCCCAGACUCCAGAAAACGGCGUAUCCACAGAUGUGACUUUGAAGGAUGCAACAAAGUAUACACAAAAAGUUCUCACCUGAAGGCUCACCGAAGGACACAUACAGGAGAGAAACCCUACAAGUGCACCUGGGAAGGCUGCACCUGGAAGUUCGCGCGCUCGGACGAACUGACAAGGCAUUACCGCAAACACACGGGAGUGAAGCCAUUCAAGUGCGCAGACUGUGAUCGCAGCUUUUCCCGGUCAGAUCAUUUGGCACUGCACCGCCGGAGGCACAUGCUGGUGUGAGGAAUGCUACCCGUCCAGCUGAGCGUAAGAGCUGGAUCUCUUAGCGGCACCCAAUUCAGCAGGGCUGAAUCCCCUUCACAGUGUUACCACAAAAGGGCAUCACCAUCCCACGAUGUCUGAAACCAGAGCAGGAAAAAGAAGUAACACUUCUCCUUUCGGUCUGAAGGUAACCCCCAGCACGACUACACCAGAAACGUCUUCUCGCUGGCCUGGGAGAUCCGUGACACAAAUGCUGAAGAGACAGGCAUUGUUUCCCGUGCUGGGUACUCUGCCAUUUCAAGAUGUUUGUAGCUUGUACGUUUUCUGAGCUGUCAGACGUUUUGUUAUCGAUACCGUAAAGGUCGUCUACCACAAAUUGAUGGCUAGCGCAAGACCUUUUAAAUUUGGAUUCUCCUCCCAUCAUCCCACCCCUUACCCUCUUUUUACUGAAAUUUUAGUUACUGUCUCAGUAAGAUAGAACACACAUCCAAUCUGUUACCAGCAAGCAGCAUGAAAGUAGAGAAGAAGAAGCCUGUUGGAGAGGUUCCAUUACCUGAAAAUAAAGGGGCGCUCAGGCAGCCCUUUGCAAUAGUGAUGACGGCAACUAGAUAUCACCCGCAACUUGUCAUUCUGCCAUGCCCUGAAGAAAACCAACAUUGAAUCUCUCAUUUGUUUGUCGUUGAUUGUUUUUGUUUUGUUUUGAUUCUGUUUUGUUCAUCUGUUCGAGCAGAGGGGCAGCGACAUUUCAGUUGGAGCCUAGUCUCGGUGUCUGCCCUGGCAUGGACUGGCACAGAGGUGUUCUGUAGUUGAAUAGGAAGAGCCUGUCUAAAAAACUACUGCCCCACUUCAAAUUGCAGUGUUCUGUCACCUAGGCAUCAUCUCUUCCUGCCCCUAGUAUUUGAUUACAAGGAAUCAGGGGGGAAAAAAAAACAACAAACUUUCUUAGACACACUGGCACCAAGGUAAGAGGUGGGGCUGCUCGGGCAAAGUCAGUGAACAUGAAAAAUCAGACAAAGCAGAGAUGGAAUAAUGCGCCUCUUGAGGAGAAAAGCAAUAAUGAAUAAAAGGACUUUCCUACAAUAACUUCACUGAGGACUCACGUUACCAAUUUUCAUACUUACUAAAGGGAUUGUAAAAAACACCCUAGCAUUUUAGAUGUCUUGGUUACAUUUAGAGCCCUGAGGUAAUCUUUCUGCUGUUUGUUGUCCUGCUUGGUUGAGUACCACAAUUAAAGAUUAUGCUCCCCUUUUCUUGUUUGAAAACAGUUAUUUGGUGACGAGAAAGGCCAAGGAGGCAUAGCAGGGAGUUAACCCUUGGGUUAAUGGGUCAGUUCUCCUUGGAACCGAGUCAGUGGAAAGGGAGCGCUCCCCGAGGAAAGCCUGACAUGGUGCUAGUUUCCUCACUUGGAGAGCCAAGGCCAAGUGACUCUCCAAUAGGUUCUUCUAUAUAGACUUCAUUUUCUAAACUGUAUCAGAACCCAGGGGUUCUGUGCUGGCAUCUACAGGGAUGUUGAACCCACUCAUCCUGUGCUGAGGGUGAGAGGAAGGAGAUGAUCAUCCCGUCAGCCCCCUAAACUCACGAGCCUUUCUUGCAGCUAGCGAAGUACACAGGAAACAAAGCAAUACAUCACCAACAAGCAUUCUUUCAGAAAAAUUACCGUAUUUUGUUUCUCCACUAAAAGCUGGGUUGUUUUUUUGUUUUGUUUUGUUUUUCAGCUUUAUGUGGCUAAGGGGCUUGGUGAAGUUUUUUUGUUAUUGUUGUUGUUGUUGUUGUUGUUAAGAUUUUUUAUAGCUUAGAUAUAAAAGGUUGCCAGCAUAGGCCUUUGCAAUAUAUUUUAAUCACCAACACUUGAUUUGGGGAAUUGCACAAAUCAACCUCACAAUAUUCCUAGCUCAUGUUUAACUGUUUGAACAUUCUGAAAUAAUUUCCGGUUGUAGAACUAUCCUUUUUGGGAUCAUCUUCUUACUCAGAGAAACUUUAAUGAUGAAGCAAGAACUAUAAACAUUGAAACAAGGACAAUUCGUGUUGGAUGGUAUUAAAAGGAAUUUGUUUUAAAUGUUCAAGCAACAGCAUAAUGAUUUUCAGGUCAAAUUCUGUCUUCAAAAAUACGUGCUCUGCAUUUUCUGCCAGGUCUGAAAAAUUCAUCAGGCAAUUUCCUUCGAACAAGGGCUGCGAUUCUGUUGAUAAACAGCUCCUUUUGCUACACAAUCUUACUAACCACCAAGCACUGGGUUUUUUGGUUGCUGUUUUUUUGGGUUUUUUUUUUUUCUCCUCUUUCGUUCUUUUUUUUCUUUUUUUUUUUUUUUUUUUUACCAACUGGAAAGUUUUGUUUUUUUUUUUAUCUGUACUGUAUACAAUUCCUACUUCUCAUUGCUUGUGACCAUUUUGGAUAGAAAAAGGUUUCUUGCUACACACCGGCGUUGGUUACUGGUCAGUGGCAAAGAACACAGAGAGUGGCCAGCAUGGCCUAUGAUGUCCUCACUGCCGGUCCUAGAACCUGGUUGGCUGUUAGUAGGUGAAUCGCCCAGGCACAGUGUAGACUUGAUUUCACUCUGCCUACUCUCAUAAGAGGGGCAGUCUUUUCUCUGCAGAGAGAUAUCUUGAGAGUGUUACAAGUAGAAAUGGUUUUUAGAAUUUGUAGAACUGACAGGCAGUGGGAGCUUCCUGAGUGACAGCUUGACUUAAAUUUAGCACAGAACUAAAUGAGCUGCUCCUCUCUGAUCACAUCGGAAAGGUUCAGGGAAGUGAGCUCUUUCUCCACCCUCUGAAAGUAGAAACCAGACUGAGAUGGAGAUGGUAAGUUAACUGAUAAAACCUGUCAGCAUUAUGACAUUUCCCCCUUUCGACAUAAUCGAUACUUCUAAAGAGAGAUCCGAGCACAAGCAGUGAGUGAGUUGCUGAUCUCCUGGACGGAAACUUACUUGGGGCUCAUCCCGGGACAUAGCAAAUUCUUCCUGGUGAGUUUCCUACCAGUGUUUCCCCAUGGAAAGGAAAGUGAUUUGGGAGAGAAGGAAUUGGAUUUUUAAGUAGGAAUAUCUUCAGGCAUGGAAAAGCCUCCUCCAUUUCAUCUAUAUCCAUUCUAGCCUCUUUUAAAAAGCACAGUAGUAGACGAUGAGCAACAGACAAGGGGCAGAAUCCAAAGGAUUUGUCAGUUGCCUAACUAGAAGCAUUCUUUGGUUUUAAAUUUGGAGCUGUUCAGUUUGCACUUGGACACAUGUGCAUGUUUGAGAACUACACAGACAGCUGGAGUGGCUUGAGGAGCUGUAGUAGACUUGACUAUCUCUUUGUGGUGUAGAGAUGGGAGCUCAAGAGACUUAACAUUAUUUGAAAGAGUUACAAGUUACUCGGAGGUUUUAAUAGAUGCCCUCCCCAUAUUCCGAUCAUAAGUUGUUAGGAAAGAUUCACGCUUCCCUAUCCACCUCCAGCCCCAUCCUGUCAAUUAUGUGUGGACUCUGAGAAGCCUGCUUGAUAACUUGUCUUAAGUUGUAUUAAGACAUGUAGACGAAAAUCCCUAAUGGCUUUCACAUAAAGAAUGUACUACUGCCUGGCAUUACUUCGACAAAACACUAUAGGACAUUGAUUUGCAAAAGCAGUGGACAAUAACACAAACUGCAUUUUUAAAAAGAGCACUUUUUAUUCACUUUAAGUGGAAAAUAGGAGGGGAAAUUGUGAGGUGGGGAGAAAACCUUACAAAAUGCUACAGUGUUUACAAAUGCCAGUACUAGGGGAUGAGAAAGGCCAUUCUCACUCUGGUUGAAAUCUGGAACAGCUUAUACAAAGAUGGUGUUCAUUUUUAUACAACUUUUUUUAAAACUUCAAACUUUGCCAUUUCUGUUUUAAACGUAAAUCUAAUUCUGCACUUUGAAAUCAGUUCAUUAGAAUAACAUGUAUAUGGAUAAAGAUGCAGUAUUCCUUAUUCUGUACUUUAUUUAUUUAUACUUACCAAAGCUGCAAAUGAAUAAAUCUGGUGAGGUGAGGCCUUCAAAUGUAUUCCUACGCCUUUGUUAUGUGGUUAUGACUGCUAAGAAAUGUAGCCAUGAUGUUGUUAGAAAGGUGUCUUAACAUUUAUAGCGAGGAUUGACAGAAUUUAAGCAGUGUUAAGAACACCAGCACCCAUAAAACACUGAGCUAUAGUCUUCAUGUAAGGGACUGAAUGAGAGAGAACUCUCAUGUGUCCUUUUGGGCCCAGGAAGCCUUAAUACUCAUACCGCAUAGUCCCGUCUCAGAUUUUGCUCUGUACUCACGCCUGUAAAUCUGGGAGGUUCUAUGUAUUCUGUAACUUCGUUGACCAAAUCUCUUCCUUCAGUUUUUCUGAGGUAGUGCAUCUCAUUCAAAAAUCUUUCCAUUCAAUAUGCUUUUGUUCUGAAAAGGGGUUUGGUAAGUCACGUCUUCCAUAUUACAUUUCUGCUUACCCCCACACUGCCUUCCACUUACCUGUACAGGCACCCCCACCACAUACACACCUGUAUAUGCAGCAGCCAGUAGGCUCGUAAAUAUCAACAAAGAACUUUUUUAAAAGAAUGAAUUUGUAAUAAUCCAUGCUGUCUAGAAAUGUAAGUUAUUUACCUUAUUAGGGAAUCAGCUUAUAAUGCUAUGUAUGACUUUGCCUGCAUUUUAUAGUUAAGAAGUGUACAUAAAAAUUAAAAAUGCUAUAUUUUCACAGUUUCAUUAUAGAGUAAUGUCUGUUUAGCGACCCAUAUCCAUUGGUACUUUAAAUAUGCUGAAUACUGUGCAGUUGCAAUAGAAAUUCAGAUUUUCGUAAGAAAAUGACACAGGAGGAUACUGCAUCUUUAAAAAAAAUAGAGUGAAAAUAUUUUGCUGUAUUCGUAAACGUAUGUGAUAGUGGAAAAGUAUUUUCAAACUCACAAAUUUUACAGAGGUUGUAAAUAGUUUGAUGAAGUAUGUUGGGAAAAAAGAGCUUCUAGUUUUCAUCACAAUAAAAAAAAAGAAACUUGUUCAGAUAUGCCUUGUAUAUCGUACAAUUAGCAAUAUUGCCAUGGGAACUGUGUGCCACUGUGUCAGAGCACAUUCUUUGUGCUCUGACCAAAUGGAGUGGUCACUUGCCUCAAUUUAGCCAGGACGGUUUAAAACAGAGUGAAGUCAUUUUAAGUUGCAGACAACUGAUUCCAAAUUCAAAAUGUCUUUGCCUGAAGAGGAGAAAAUAGCCGCAUAGGAUUUUACUUGUGCUAAAGAGAAGCAUCUAGCAAUUAUUCUCUUUUCUCAAUUAUCUUCCUCCUCAGUGAACUAGUUUUUGAUACCAAACAAAAAGCAAAAAAGCAAAACAACUAUAAGGUGUUGGCUGAUUCUUGUUUAAUUCCAGAGGGAAUGAAUACUUUUAAGAGUAGCUACAUGUUGACAAGAUGAAGUGCUAUGGAUAUGGCCACAUGUUCAACGAAUCUGUACUGGCAACAGGAAUAAGCUAAUGCCCAUUUUUCAGAAAUGAAUUAAAAGCUGAAAGUGCCUGUCAAUAGACAUUAUGACCAAUGAGAUAUUCCUAUGCUUUUACACAGCAAUAAUUCUUCAUUAGACCGGGUCUUUCCUCCACAUUUGGGAAACACAUGCACACACACACACAGAGAAUAAAUAUAUGCACAUCGUAAAUUGAACAGGUUCUAACACCCACGAAAAUUCUUUUGUGAUUUUUAAAUAUACCCAAUCUUGUUUUACGCUAGUAUUUCUUAAUUUAAUCUUACAGAAUGUAAGAAUGCAAAUCUGAACAUUAAGGUUAUCUUCAACGUAUACUCUGGAAUAUGGCAAUUAUAAUCUUAAGGUAAAAACUUCACUGAUUCGCCCCAAACUUGCAAAGCACUGUGUGUAGCUCAAAAGGUUUUGCUCAGUUAACAAAAGUCAAAUUAUGUAGAGCAAAACACUGGAGAUACUUGUUUGUUUUACUUUAUUUUGUCGACUAAUAUCAAAUGCACAAAUUCAUCUUUACAUUUCUUCAUUUUCUUUUUCCCUAGUAUUUUCUGUUAUCCUACAAGAACCAUUUUGGAAUGAAUAUCGACACAAUCAUUUCUCUCUAAAAAAGUCUACUGAAGACUGCUGACAGUAAGCCUAGCUUUGACCAAGGUUUGCAGUUAGUCCUGGAAAUUACCAGAUUUACAUUCAGAACUUGCCUACUUUUUCCUGUAAUUAUUUUACUGCUAGAAGUGGAGUCAUGAAUAGAAAUAUACAAUGAGAUUAUACGAAUAGACAAGAGCCCUGGAAAUUCUCCAGCCUUACCAUCUCAGAGCACAAAUCCACCCAAACAAGCUAUUGAGGGCUAUCAGCAAAAUUAUACUCUUUCAGAGCCAAACAUUUGGUAGGAGCAAUUUUAAAAAAUAUAACUGUGAUUAAACACUCAGGCUUUAGACAGUGAAGGCUACCACGAUGGACAGUGGUCUACAUAUUUCUCCAGAACCAGACCACAGGCCUAGAAAACCAUUCACUAUUUCCUUCUCUAAGUUACAGAAAGAACAAAAAGGAGAAGGAAAUGUGCCAGGAUAGGGUGUAAAAGAACCAAUUAAGUGUCCAAGGAAAGCUGCUGGGUUCUGAAAUCUCGCUGAAGUCAAAUCUUCUAACGGCUGUUUCCUACAAGUUGUCUCAAAGUACUGAAUGAAGUUGAAAGGUCAGAAAUUCAGCAAACCGUGGAAACAACAGCUAUCCUUUACUAAACCCUUACUAUCCACCAAGGAUUCUAGUAGGCAAUUUUUGGACACGUUGCCUCUAUUCCGUAAACAGGUCUACAUUUUAUAGUUGGGCAAAUGGGGCACAGAGAGUGGCUGAGUCAUUUGCAAACACAGAAAUAGUGAACAGCAGAGUGGGAAUGUGAAGCUACCUGUCUCUAGUCUGAAGGCCGUGUUCUUCCGACUGCACCACACUGCAGGUGGCUUCCCUGCAGCCAAGUUUUCAUAUUUCUAACUCUGAAGUAGUUUUAUGGCUGGGUAGUCCUAUUUUCCAAGUAAGAUACAGCACAUGAUAUGACAAUGGUACCUAAUAUCUGAAAUCAGGCUUCUCCUGGGAAGUCCUGCAUUAAGGAUCAUUAUAAACCAACAGCAAUGAUCAGCUGUCUCCCUGAAUUUGUCACUUUCCUCUGAAAUGUUUGGCCUAGAGAUCCCAAAUCCUGAAAACUCUCCCCUACUUGGUAGCAUUUUAGCCAGAGUGGGUUUUCUCAAGUCUAUGUAUUUAUUUGUAGGUAUGGUAAAAGCCUUUCCGCCUGUAGACCUUCUAGAAUCUGCUUAAAUUGCUUUUGAAAUGUACACCUCCAUAGAACUCGUGAAUAUCAGCCCACUCUUGGCAGUUGUUAACGGGGCGGCAAUCACAAACAUUCAGAUGACAAGCAAGGAGAGAGAACGAAUAGUUCCUUUUCAGAUUUCUCACCUGAAAGUACCACCUUGGAAUGUUUUAAAUAAUCUUAUGAAUAAUUUGUUUAUGGUAUUGUUAGUUUAAUUGAAUUUUAUGUGAGAAGCUGUCCAACAUCAGAGAAAUCAACCGCCACCCCUUUUCUGUGUAGAACAAGGUCUUUGACAGUAUUGAUCCAUGGAAGCACUAAUGGGCUUAGAAAACAUUAAGAGAAUGUCAUUUCUCAUGGUGUUUCUUUUUUCUGAAAAUGAAUCCCCUGAAUUAUGAUCUUUCUCCCUGUUACUUGGCUGAGGGAAGAGAUAAAACCUGUAUAAACAAAUUCCCUUCCGUGCUGAAAGCAAGUGUUCUGUGUGCACAAGCCACUGCGGGAAGGGGCUCUCUUCUCCGUUAAUUGGGUUUCACAAGCAACAAUUUCUCAACAACAAAACCACAACUUUAAGUGAGUUGAAAAGAGAUGAAUAGUGGUAAUAGUCACAUCAGUACUUUUUUUUUUCUUUCUUUCUGGGUUUCAUCUCUAGAAAUUUUAGAUGUUUGGGACAAUAGAGUCUGCCCUUUGUGCAAAGCAAGAACCAGACUCUGUGAAUUAUAUCUUGCUUUUACCAAAGCAGGCCUGCCAAGACGUUCACAGAGAUUCAUUUUUGGUGAAAAAUGAGGGUGCAUAGGAGGGUAGAAUUUGGGUCACAUUCUAGUAAAAGUGCUCAGGUAAUCAAAAAGUAAGACAUUUUAGGGACACACCGACAUCUUCCCCUUGCUAAUUUCGUGCUCCAAAGAUACAGUGUAAAACCUUAUAGAAAAUGCUUUCUCCCUACUUGUGUUUCUAGUUUUCCUAUGGCAGAGUUUUUUAAUUACACCCAGACUGCAAUAUAUAUUUUGUUCCUCAGGCUUCAUCAUGUUGGAUGGGUAUUGUUGAACUGGGGCACUGGUGCCUAUAUUCAAGGCUCUUUCCUAUCAACUUGUCUGUCCACAAUUUGUUGUGUUUAAAAAUUCAUUUAAAAAAAAUCACCAUCCCCCCCCCCCGACCCCUCACAGAACGGUAGUUGUAUUGUUUUGUCCAUGUCUGUGUGGGACACGUUGCAUCCCAUGGCAAACCAACUCUCUGUGGAUGUGAGAUAACUACUUACAAAACCAGCUUGAAAACAUCGUCUUACGUAUUAUGUCAUCCUGCAUCAUAAUGCAAUUAUGUGUAUCAUAACAUGCUCAUUUUAAAAAAGAGAAACCAGCAAAUUCAUGUUUGUCCAUUGAAGAAUGUACUCAGAACUUUCUGUGUUGUGAAACGAUGAGAACAGACCACCUUUAAGAUACCCACCUGCCACUUAAAAUGACUUAGUUAUAAUUAGUAGUAGUCUAGACAUUGCUCUUGGUGUGUGGGGGUCAGUUCAAACGUCAUAUUCUUUUAAAUAAAUCUCUCACUCGUAUUUGAAAAAUAUAUGGGAAUAAAGAAAAAUAUCAUCUUUGGCCAAAUCAAGCAGGCAUCUUUUUCCUUUUCCUUGACACUUAGCUCAUUAUACAUGAUGACUGGAUCACAAGAUCCAUCUGUGUAAAAAUACAAAAACAUCCUUUGGUUUACAAAACAGUUAUUCUAGGCUUGAAGCCUCUGAACAGCAAAUUGAAUAGAUGUGCUGCGUCUGACUCACUUUACAGAUGUAAUUUUACAAAAGACUCUCGGGUCCCUGACCCCAGAGAGUUACAAUGCCCAGAGGAGGUCCUACGCAUUAAAGGAUAAAACCCCCCAAUGAUGCUGGCAAGCAAAUGUGUUAAUUUCUUAAAUCUUCAUUUGGUUUUCUGUUCAGAGUUUUAAUUGCAAAUGAAUUUAUUUCUCCAGCUUAUCUAAAGAUCUGAUUUCCCAAUAGUUUCCUCUGCAUUUAUAUACUCUGUAGUGUUUAGGCAACCCCUGUUAUAAGUUUAUUAAUAUUAUGUAAGUGUUGUUCUUGUAUUUAUGUAUAGUGUAUGUAUUGUAAAUAUACUCAGAGCUUUUUUCCUUUUACUGUAAAAUGGUGAUUUUUUUUUUUUUGCCCUAUGAUAAUGUAAAGGGAGACCCUCCUAAUGAGCCUCUCUCAGAGGAUGAUUAUUCCAGUCUAUUCUCAGAGAUUUAAAUGAACAAGUGUUAUCGUUUUUAAUGGUGUCUCAGACAUAUUCUGUUGGUGCAUUGCUUUUCUGUAUUCAACUUUCCUAUGAAUUGAGCUGUGAACCGAAAUAGAGUUUAAACCUUUAACUGUAUGCAUUUGUAUAAUUAUCUGAAUGAAGGCAUGAAGGUUAAAUAAAGCAUUUUGUAUGGAACAAAACUCCCUAAUUAUUACUAAGGGUGACUCAGACACUUUGGAAAUCAUGGUUAUUAACCAUUCUAAUUAAACCUUUGUUAUGAAAAGUUUUA